UCUCCCUCCUCACAGGGGCCACAGGGGUUGAGGGUCUGACCAGCAGAGAGACAGGGCUGGCAGGAUGAGAACAAGCAGAGUGGGGCUGCUACCCUGGAUGCUGAGCCUGGGCCUGUGCCACUGCCUCUUGGGUGAGGGGGAGGAAUCUGCUCAGGGCACCGCAGCAGCCUGGUCCUCCCCACCGGAUUUGGCCCCUCACUCCUUUGGGAUAAUUUACCACGUGUCAGGGGUGCUCUCUCUGCCCUACGCUGAAGUCCGGGAGCCCUUCGAGGCCUGGGUGGACCUGGCCGGGGGGAGGAGCCGCAUUCAGUAUUACCACGGUUGGCGCCCUGGACAGGUGGUCACUUACCAGUUCAGCCACGAGAGGCCGUUUGGGGUGGGGUACAAGGUGACUCCAGAGACCACCGCCGCAGGGGAGAACGUCAGGCGCUGCUUCCGGGUAAACGGGACCAAGGCCCACCCCAUCCGGGUCCAGAGCGUCCUGCCCAACCUUGAAGGCUUCCAGGUUGUGGGCCACGAGCAUCUGGGGGGCCAGAAAUGCUCAGUGCUGCAGAACGAGACCCACUGGGGCCUGCGGCGGAACGUGUACACGCUGUGGCUGGCGGGCGGCCCCCCCGGGCUCAGGCUGCCCGUGCGCUAUGCAGUACGUGGCUUCAGCCGGCUGCUGGGUUCGCACUAUGACAAGUACCAGCUGGACUACAGCAACUUCUCCCAGCACUAUUCCCCCGAAGACGUCUUCAGCCUCCCCGACAGGGUGCCAUGUGGGGGCGUGCCCAGCCCCGAGGUCAAGCAUCACAUGCAGGUCAACCCCAUGUGGGACUUUGUGGCUCGCGAGGAAGACCGGGCCCACAGGCUGUUUGAGCAUUUCCGCCACAGGCACGGCCGGCGUUAUGGCGACGCGGCGGAGCUGGAACACCGCCGGAGGAAUUUCCUGCACAACCUCAGGUUCAUUGACUCCCAUAACCGGGCCAACCGCCCCUUCCGCCUGGCCCCCAACCAUCUGACUGACCGUACCCCCGGGGAGCUGGCAGCACUGAGGGGGCGGCUCCGCAGCUCACGACCCAACCACGGGCAGCCCUUCCCCCACGAGCAACUGGCCAACGUGGCCCUGCCCGAGAGUCUGGACUGGCGGCUCUAUGGUGCAGUGACCCCAGUGAAGGAUCAGGCUGUGUGUGGUUCUUGCUGGAGCUUUGCCACCACAGGCACACUGGAGGGAGCCCUCUUCCUCAAGACCGGGGAGCUAGUGCCACUGUCGCAGCAGAUGUUGAUCGACUGUUCCUGGGACGUGGGAAACUUCGGCUGUGACGGGGGGCUGGAGUGGCAGGCGUUCGACUGGAUCCAGGGGCACGGGGGCCUCGCCAGCGCAGACUCCUAUGGACCCUAUGAGGGUCAGAAUGGCGUCUGCCACUCAAACACAUCCACCGCGGCCAUCCGGAUCGUGGGCUACGUGAACGUGCCCCCUGCGAACCCCACGGCCCUCAAACUGGCCCUGCUACGCCACGGGCCCGUGGCCGUCAACGUAGACGCCUCCCCGCGGUCCUUCGCCUUCUAUGCCAACGGCAUCUACUAUGAGCCCCAGUGUGGGCACAAGUUGGAGCAGCUGAACCACGCGGUGCUCCUGGUGGGCUAUGGUGUGCUGCAGGGCCAAGCCUUCUGGCUCCUCAAGAACUCCUGGUCCCCACUGUGGGGCAACAGUGGUUACAUGCUCCUGGCCAUGAAGGACAAUGAUUGUGGGGUCACCACCGCCGCCACCUACCCCAUCCUGGAGUAGUCCCAUCCGCCCAGAACAGCCCCCGCCAGGCCCCUGGCCCCUUAGGUGGGCACCGGAAGGUGGGAGGGUGGGCCCAGGGGCCCUGGGAAGCAGGCCCUGGAGGAGGGCCAGGGUUAAGUUGGGGUAAGGGGCAGUCUUUGCUUUGGGUCGGGUGUGAGGGAUCAGGAGGGGAGGCUAGAGGAGACUGUGAGGAUGGGACAGAGGAGGGAAGGACUCAGUUGUUGACCUUCCAGGGAACACUGGAAACCUGCCAUUUCCAUUUUAUCCCAACCUUGAAUGCUCUCCAUCCUCACUGCCCCCUCCCUCUAGUGCUCCCCAUCCUCCCUUCUCACUGUCCUCAGUGCUCCCCAACUCAAUCAAUCAUAUUCAUUGAACCCUUACUAUGUGCAGUAAGUCCUCUCCAUCUCUCAGCCCUCCCCAAUCUCACUGCUUCCUGAUCCUCAGUGCCCCCCGACCCUCAGUGCUCCCUAUCCUCAUUGCUCUACUCACAGUAUCUACAGUGCUCUGCACACAGUAAGUGCUCAAUAAAUUCGAUUGACUGA